GGAUGUGAUAGAGGUUGAAUGAGGCACAGUAUCACCUCGUCUACUAUGAGCCACACAGGAACCACCGAAGAGCCACAUGCGGAUAACAGGAAGAGCUGAGAGAUGCAUCCAAAGUAUAAAAUGAGACAUCUGGCCACGAGUGAACAGCAUCAGAGCUCGAGUCUUCUACACUUCCAUCCGACUUUCCAACAGCACACAAAGUCCAUCAAACAAAUUUCCAUCUUUCUACAAGCAUCUUCCAUACAUCAUGGCCUCCGGUAUCGUAGGUGAACUUGAGGGUCUCGGUGCAGAGGAGAGGGCCUUGGCACAGGCCGAGCGAGAUGCACAACUGCUACGAGAAGAACAGGCGGCAGAGCGCGAAGCCGCUGCCGCACGACAACGAGCAGAACAAGAGGCAGCGGCAGCGGCAAGAGCACAACGCGCAGCUAUGCUUCGCCGUGUCGCUGCGCGAGUCGCCGGUGUCGCGAAGAAAAUCGGCACUCGUGUUGGUCAAGCUGCGAAUGACUACAUGCUCAUCACUUCGCUCCAACAAAUGAUUGCUGGCAAAAGCGAUACGCCAGGUUCAGGUUCAGGUUCAGGUUCAGGUUCAGGUUCAGGAUCGUCGACACCCGUCGAUCCCGCAUUGACAAAUCUGUUGAAUGCGAUUGCUGCUGGCACCAAAGCAUAUCAAACGGCGACCACGGACUGGAAUAACUUCAUCGGCGCACACGUCGCAAAGGACGAGAGUUUUGGCACCGUCGAAGGCCAGUUUGGCCCUCAAUCGGCCUUCGACCAGUUUGAAGAUGGUGUCGAUAGUUUGACUGGCGACUGGUCGACGAACGUAUCUCCGUUGAUCCAGAGCAGCACUGCAGACCCUACCACGGCUACGGUAGCUUCAUUACAACCACUCCAAGCGGCGAUUCUCGUAGACUUGAACAUGGCACUGGGCAUUGCGCAGAAUAUUGAUGGGCCUAGCGGGGCCAAGAUGGUGGCUGCUGGUUUGAUCAGUCACACCAGCGAUCUACAGACAGCCAUCAAUGGAUUUCCAACCUCGAGCUCAAGCCCUGGGAACUCUGUGCCAGGUUCUCCUGCUCUAGCCACAAGCGGCUCUCCCACUCUGGCUCCCACUUCUGCUCCGGGGAUGCCGCUUCCAGGACCGGCUGCUUCGAUCACUGCACCUGUUGUUGCCUAAGGGGUGAUCAGUCAGCUAUAUUCGGGUUUACCCCAGCUUGGAAGAAUUAUCUUGGACAUCUUUAUGAUUAGGUACAAUCUAUCCUAGAUCUAUACAAUGAAGUCGUAAACCGCUCUAUGAAGUUCGUUCGUUUGUUGUUGUACC